UCUCUGUCAAGCCUGUCUUCCUCGGAGACUCGUGGCGAGAAAUUAAGAAAGAAGAAGAAGAAGAGGAAGAAACUGCGUCAGCUAAGAAACACACAGGAACCCCAGAGAUUCAAUCGAUUUCUAGAAUUUCAUGUUUCACUCACCUCAAAUGGUGAAGAAACGAGUCCCAGAAUGGCUCAACAGCUCGCUCUGGUCUUCCACGCCUUCUCCUUCUCUCGACGAGGAUCGCGUUCAACCCUACACCUCCAAGCCCACCGCCACCACCACAAUCACCAGUUCUUCUUCUACCUCUGACUACGAGCCACCGUCCAUGGUUGACCCACCAAUCCCUGUGCCCCCUCCCAAACCCACCAGGGAAGACAAGCCUCCUCCGCAGCCCCAAUCCACAGAUUCACUCCCCGAUCACGAAGACAAGAACAACACCACUCCUUCCCCCGAAGACAUCUCCAGACAGGCUCAGCUCUUGGUCGAGCUAUCGAGAAAGACGAUUAAUUUGCGCGAAUUGCGGAGAAUUGCUUCCCAGGGCAUACCAGAUGGUGCCGGCAUACGUUCUACUGUGUGGAAGCUUUUACUUGGAUAUCUACCACCAGAUCGGGGGCUUUGGUCAUCUGAGUUAGCUAAAAAGAGGUCACAGUACAAGCAUUUUAAAGAUGAGCUUUUGAUGAAUCCUUCAGAAAUCACAAGGAAGAUGGAUAACUGUACAAAUUGUGACACUGAUGAAUCAAAAGGUCAAAGCAAAGGGUUGCUAUCAAGAUCAGAAAUAACUCAUGGCGAGCAUCCAUUGAGUCUUGGGCAGUCCAGCGUCUGGAAUCAGUUCUUCCAGGACACAGAGAUCAUAGAGCAGAUUGACCGAGAUGUAAAGCGUACUCAUCCAGACUUGCACUUUUUCUCUGGGGACUCUUCAGAUGCUAAAUCCAAUCAGGAUGCUUUGAAGAACAUCCUGAUUGUAUUUGCCAAGCUAAAUCCCGGUAUAAGAUAUGUUCAAGGGAUGAACGAACUUUUGGCACCACUGUUCUAUGUAUUCAAAACUGAUCCAAAUGAGGAAGAUGCGGCCUCUGCUGAAGCAGACACAUUCUUUUGUUUUGUUGAAUUAUUGAGUGGCUUCCGGGAUCAUUUCUGUCAGCAACUUGAUAAUAGUGUUGUGGGAAUUCGUUCCACUAUAACAAAAUUGUCACAGCUUUUGAAGGAACAUGAUGAAGAGCUAUGGCGUCAUCUUGAGAUCACAACCAAAGUCAAUCCCCAAUUUUAUGCAUUUAGGUGGAUCACCCUUCUCUUAACCCAGGAAUUCAAUUUCGCAGACAGCCUUCACAUUUGGGACACACUUUUAAGUGACCCGGAAGGUCCUCAGGAAACCCUUCUUCGAGUAUGCUGUGCAAUGUUGAUUCUCAUUCGGAGGCGCUUACUAGCAGGUGAUUUUACCUCUAAUCUCAAACUACUGCAGAACUAUCCUCCAACAAACAUCAGACAUCUGCUGUACGUUGCCAACAAGUUGCGUGUACAAUCCCCAGGCUAAUUUACCUUACACUGUCAUUCCUUUUUCUUUUUUCUCCAUUUCGUGAUUCGAAUGUCCAUGUUUGUAAAUGACCGGAUGUAUAUGCUCUUAGAGUAACAACUACUAAUGCCUUGAAUUGAUUAUCUUUGAUAGAAUAGACUUCAUCUUUUAUUUAUUUCUCUUUCCCACCAAUUCUGGAAUGGUGAAUUUGUUUACUGAGGGUUAUUGUUUCGGAACACUAGUCAUACAUGUUGAUUCGUUGGUUUGA